AUGUUAGGGCCCGAAACCCAGUUUUGUGCUCUUCCUGAUGGACAACUAAUUACAAGAGUGAGCCGUCAUGUGAGUACUCGUUCUCCAAAACGAAAUCUGCAGGAUUCGGCAGAUCCCGCCUUUCCAUUCCGUCAUAAGCGCUUAUUUUCAAUGCAAGCGGGAGCCUCCUUAAUUCCAACUUCCGCUUCCCGGUCUUCUGCUUCACAUCCUCCAGGAGAGGGUGCGAAAGAGCCAGGAAAUGAUAGCACUUUGCCUGUAGGCGAAUACCUGCACAGGCAGGAAAAGCAAGGUACAAGCGACGGCGGGCGGUUGUGUACUAUUGUAGUGCAGUGUGCAAAUCUUGGCAAGUUCACAUACCAAGUGGAAGAAACUGACGACCUCGCAAAUGCCGAAAAGGCGAGUAAAGUAGAGACAGUAUUUGAAGAAGAUGAAGAAGAUAUUAGUGAAGGUGGGACUCUCCGGCAGCCACCUUAUGUAAAAAAGAAGUUAGAAAGGCUACCCUGGACAAAUAGGUCCGUGUCUUUGGGAAUGCUAUCCGAGAAUAGUGAGUUCAGGCGAGCAAGUUGCAUGCAAAUGACCAGUGAAUCCGGAUCGCAGAAUAAUUUCCGCCAGCUAGCACAGCGUGUAAUGCUUGGAAUAAAAUCACCUAUCAAAUCCGACAUCCAGCCAGAUGCGAAGACUACAGAAAUAGCCAAGGCUAAGCAGCCGGAAGAAGGUUUGAGUGUAGGACUAAAGAAGGAGCUGGUAAGUAGAGUUCUAUAUAUCUUUCCUAUUAUUUACUUCUUUAUUGUUGCUAACCUCUAUGAAUCAGUGCUGUAG